UCUCUCUCUCUCUCUCUCUCUUUCCCUCUCUCUUUCUCUUUCCUUUCUCCCUUUUCUUUUUCAUCGCACCACGUGAGCCGUGACUCGUGGUGCGCCGUGUGUACGAAAGUGUGUCCCCAAACACGCGUGCUUCUAUGCUCUACGUCGUCGCGCGGGAUACAACGACAUGACGGUCGAGCACGAGCACAGCGACUUUCGGAUGCGAUCGCGCAGAACGAAGAGCGUCACGAGGGCGGAGGAGAUCCAGAAAGCGGAGCAGAAGGUCCGCAGAUCGCAGCCUGACAAGCCAUGUCACCGUCCAAGAGACAGUCUCUUUUCGUGGAGCUCCGGCUUCGAUAACUUCACAGGAUUCGUCAACUGGGGCUUCCUACUGCUAGGUAUUGGUGGUAUCCGGUUACUACUUGAAAAUUUCAUAAAAUAUGGAAUCAGAGUGGAUCCUUGGCAGUGGUUCCUUUUUCUUAGUGGCAAGAAUGAUGGCGGCGAAGAAUAUCCUUCAUUGUUGCUGAUCUGCUAUUCCACCUUGCCAGUGAGCUUUUGUCUGGUGAUCGAGAAAGGACUGUCUGUGGAUAUCAUAGCUCACAGCACGGGAAUGGUGUUCCACGUCAUAAACCUCGUCGUGAUGGUACUGAUGCCGAUGGUGGUCAUCCACGUGAAGGAUUCCGGAAUCAGCUUGGUUGGCGCAAUGUAUGUGUGUAUGCUGUACGCCAUACUCUUCUUGAAGUUAUGGUCGUACGUACAAGUGAACAUGUGGUGCCGUUUGAGCAGUCGAAAGAAGACCACGCAAGGCAGAAUGAGACGUCAACUGUCUUAUAAUAAUCUUCAAUCUUCCGGCACUCAACAGAGUGCGAGUGAUGUCACCGAUAUGGAACACGACAUAAAUGAUCGCGGGAGCGCGUUGGUACAAUAUCCUGACAAUUUAAAUGUUGCCGAUCUUUAUUACUAUAUAUUGGCGCCUACUUUAUGCUACGAAUUGAAUUUUCCUCGAACGCAACGGAUUCGAAAGAGGUUCCUAAUAAAACGAAUAUUGGAAGUCGUCGUAGGAUGCCAAGUUGUGAUGUCACUUUUCCAACAAUGGAUGAUACCUUCCGUGAAAAAUUCAUUAAUCCCUUUUAGCAAUAUGGACGUAGCCAAGGCCUCCGAGCGUCUUCUUAAGCUGGCGAUACCAAAUCAUCUGAUAUGGCUUUGCUUCUUCUAUUUGAUAUUUCACUCUUUCCUCAAUCUGUUAGGCGAGUUGCUACACUUUGCAGACCGGAAUUUUUAUUGCGACUGGUGGAACGCCAACAACAUUGAUACGUUCUGGAGAACUUGGAACAUGCUGGUGCAUCGCUGGGCUGUGCGACAUCUCUAUAUUCCGAUAGUAGAGAUGGGUUAUAGUAAAAACACAGCGUCCGUGACCGUCUUCUUUAUUAGCGCUUUCUUCCAUGAAUAUCUCGUCAGUGUACCUUUGAAGACAUUCAAGAUAUGGGCGUUUAUGGGUAUGAUGGGACAGAUACCACUGUCGGUGCUGAGCAAGAUGGUGGAACGAUACGCUGGCGCCAGAUGGGGCAACAUCGUUGUAUGGGCGAGUCUCAUCAUCGGGCAACCACUUUGUAUAAUGAUGUAUUAUCACGAUUACGUUGUAACUCAUUUUGGCGAGACUCUGAUCGAGGACUAUUCCGUAGUCUAAAAAGGCUAAAAAGAAUGAAAAUGCAAAAGUGAAGGAAUUUCCUCGAGGAGAAACUCGCGAUCGGUUUAUCGGUUUUUCCGCGAAAUCGUUGUUUUUAUCGAUCGCGAAUUCACGUAACUUCCGGCUUAUAUUUGCGAGCGUGAAGAAAUUUUUCGAGUUAUCGUUUUGUUGUUCAACUGUGUGACGUCCAUCUACAAAUUCAAUAAUAUAAAUGUGCCUUAAAUGCUAAACUUUGCGUUGUAUAAAUGUCGCGCUUCGACUGAUUGUAGAAUCAUUCUAUGGUUAUUCGCGGAUUGUUUAAAUUUACUGAUGUUUUAUAAGAAUUCUAAUAUAUAUUCGAGAAAGCUGUAAAUAGUUACCAAUGUUGUGUCACGUGUACAACAAAAUUUAAUAAUUUUUGUACAAUAACUUCCACGCCGGAGAAGGCGAAACUGUUGGCGAAUAAACAAGAUAUUUCGUA